AUGCAAAGGUGGUCCACAAGGUGGAAAACGAAAAGGUGGCAUAUGGAUUCCACUGUAACCGCAUUCAUCACUUUAACCCUGGUUCUACAGGCUGCUAUUGUCACAGCAGCAGAACCAGUGGAUGUCCUAAAAGUAUUAGAUUUUCAAAAUUACCCCGAAGGAGUGACGAAAAUAUCAGGAUUUUGCACAAACCGAAGAGCAUCACAGCCGGACUCAGCUUACAGAGUUGACAAGCAGAUCCAGAUCAGUGCCCCCACCACGCAGUUGUUCCCCGGAAGUGUCUUUCCCGAGGACUUCUCCAUCCUGACCACAGUGCGCCCCAAGUCCGGCCUCCAGUCUUUCCUGCUGUCCAUCUACAACAGGCAGGGAGUGCAGCAGCUGGGAGUGGAGGUUGGACGCUCACCUGUCUUCCUGUAUGAGGAUCAGACUGGUAAACCAGCUCCGGAGGACUACCCCCUGUUCCGCAGUCUCAACCUCGCGGACGGAAAGUGGCACCGCGUGGCCAUCAGCGUGGAGAAGCAGACGGUCACCAUCAUCGUCGACUGCAAGAAGAAGAUCGUCAAGCCUCUCCUCAGGAGUGACCAUGCUUCCAUCGACACCAACGGCAUCACCGUGUUCGGCUCCAGGAUCCUGGACGAGGAGGUUUUCCAGGGAGACAUCCAGCAACUUCUGAUCGUGGCUGAUUCCAAGGCCGCGUACGACUACUGUGAACAUUACAGCCCGGACUGUGACACUCCCCACGGCGAAUCCCUACAGGCCCAGGAGCCAGAGGAAGAGUACACUACUGAUUUAGAUUACUCUCAGUUCUAUGAUUACUCUGAGGGAGCCACAGACAGUGUUCCAACCGAUGAGUAUUCUGAACCGCAGGUAAAUGAAAAAAGGAAAAGAAAAGAAAAUGAAAGAUGUUUUCCCUUUUUUGUCCAUCCCACCCCACGAGUUUGUCUUGUGUCCUUUGUGUUAACCCUCGCUUUAUUCUUCUUUCCUUUUUUCAACAUGACUCAGCUAAACAAUGUAGAAGAUUACAAUACAGACAUUGACUACGGAACUGUAGAUGGUUCUCAGACUCAGUCCCCCUAUGGCACGAGUGGACCCCACGAGGAUGUUGUCGGUGCGUAUGUCACCGACGCUGCUCCCAAUGCCGCCGAGCCCACCGCUGUCCCAGAGACGGGGGACAACUUGGACACGGGUGCGGAAGCAUACAACUUUAAGGAAUAUGUCCUAAACGAGUAUGACUUGGGCGAUGUUGACAACAGGUUGUAUGAUUACGGGGCAUAUGAUGAGUACGGCCUGGCCCCGCCCAAGCCCACGGCGGCCUACGAGGAUGAGGUGGGGCCCGGGGUUGCCGCGGAAACCGACGUUUCUGAGAGCACCGUCGCUGGUGCCGCAGGAGCCUUCGGAGAGAAGGGAGAGAAGGGCGAGCCGGCAGUGAUUGAACCUGGCAUGCUGAUUGAAGGACCACCAGGACCUCCUGGCCCAGCUGGUCUUCCAGGUCCCUCAGGCCUACUGGGACCCCCAGGCACCGCUGGAGAUCCCGGUGAGAGGGGUCCUACUGGUCGUGCUGGACUGCCUGGUGCUGAUGGUUUACCUGGACCUCCUGGUACCAUGCUGAUGUUGCCAUUCCGCUUUGGGGGAGACGGUGAGAAGGGUCCAGUGGUGUCUGCCCAAGAAGCCCAAGCCCAGGCCAUCCUCUCCCAGGCCAGACUGGCUAUGAGGGGACCCCCAGGGCCGAUGGGUUUGACAGGAAGAUCAGGCCCAGUGGGUAUACAUGGUUCUCCUGGACUGAAAGGUGAAGGUGGAGACCAUGGUCCUCAGGGUCCCCGUGGCGUCCAGGGGUCCCCAGGACAAAUGGGAAAAGCUGGCAAGAGGGGUCGUGGUGGAGCUGAUGGUUCUCGGGGGAUGCCCGGAGAGUCAGGUUCCAAGGGUGACCGAGGCUUCGAUGGACUCCCGGGACUGCCUGGUGAAAAGGGACACAGGGGGGAGCUUGGACCAAUGGGACCCCCAGGUUCCUCUGGAGAGGAUGGACAGAGAGGCGAGGAUGGAGAGAUCGGGCCCCGAGGAUUAGCAGGCGAGAGUGGACCAAGAGGUUUGCUGGGACCCCGUGGUUCUCCAGGACCUCCUGGAUCUCCUGGUGUUGCUGGAGUCGACGGGCCUCCAGGGUCCAAAGGAAACAUGGGACCCCAAGGAGAGCCAGGCCCACCUGGGCAGCAAGGAGCCUCAGGAACACAGGGUCUUCCUGGACCACAAGGCCCCAUUGGACCACCUGGAGAAAAGGGACCCCAUGGCAGGUCGGGAUUGGCUGGAUUACCUGGAGCUGAUGGGCCUCCUGGUCAUCCUGGUAAGGAGGGGCCAGCUGGUGAGAAGGGAUCACAGGGGCCACACGGUCCACAGGGUCCAAUCGGUUAUCCCGGCCCUCGUGGUGUGAAGGGAGCUGAUGGUGUCCGUGGUCUCAAGGGAGGAAAGGGAGAGAAGGGAGAGGACGGUUUCCCAGGUUUCAAGGGAGACAUGGGAAUCAAAGGAGACCGGGGAGAGCUUGGUAUGCUUGGGUCCCGUGGAGAGGACGGUCCUGAGGGUCCUAAAGGUCGAUCUGGACCCAACGGAGAGGCAGGGCCCCUUGGUUCUGCCGGAGAAAAGGGUAAACUUGGUGUCCCAGGAUUACCAGGUUAUCCAGGAAGACAAGGACCAAAGGGCUCGAGCGGCUUCCCUGGGUUCCCUGGAGCCAACGGAGAGAAAGGAGCCAGGGGUAUUGCAGGUAAACUUGGUCCAAGAGGUCAAAGAGGUCCAACGGGUCCUCGCGGUGGACGAGGAGCCAGGGGUCCGACAGGAAAACCAGGUCCCAAGGGGACAUCAGGCCAUGAUGGUCCUCCAGGCCCGCCCGGUGAGAGAGGACCUCAAGGACCUCAGGGACCCGUGGGCUUCCCUGGACCAAAGGGCCCCCCUGGACCAGCUGGAAAAGAUGGGCUGCCCGGACACCCUGGCCAGCGAGGAGAAACGGGUUUCCAAGGCAAAACUGGUCCACCAGGCCCAGGAGGUGUUGUCGGACCCCAGGGACCCACUGGAGAGACCGGUCCUGUUGGUGAGAGAGGCCACCCUGGACCCCCAGGUCCACCAGGAGAACAGGGUCUUCCAGGUGCUGCUGGCAAGGAGGGAGCAAAGGGAGACCCUGGACCUCAGGGAUCCACAGGUAAAGACGGUCCCCCUGGCCUUCGAGGCUUCCCCGGAGAGCGAGGUCUACCUGGUGCCACGGGUCCUGCAGGUCUGAAGGGAGGAGAGGGGCCCCAGGGUCCAUCCGGUCCUGUUGGUUCUCCUGGAGAGAGAGGUUCUGCCGGUCAAGCUGGUCCCAUUGGCUUGUCUGGUAGACCUGGCCCUCAGGGUCCUCCAGGUCCUGCUGGUGAGAAGGGAGCACCUGGUGAGAAAGGGCCUCUAGGUCCGGCUGGUCGUGAUGGUGUCCAGGGUCCCGUUGGUCUGCCAGGGCCUGCUGGACCUCAGGGUCCACCGGGAGAGGAUGGUGACAAGGGAGAGGUUGGAGAGCCCGGUCAGAAAGGAAGCAAAGCGGACAAAGGAGAACAGGGUCCACCCGGCCCAGCUGGUCUCCAAGGUCCCAUUGGUGCCCCAGGUCCUGCUGGAGGUGAUGGAGAGCCUGGUCCCAGAGGUCAGCAGGGUAUGUUUGGACAGAAGGGAGAUGAAGGCUCCAGAGGUUUCCCAGGACCACCUGGUCCCAUCGGUCUGCAGGGGCUUCCUGGACCCCCUGGUGAGAAGGGAGAGAACGGUGAUGUUGGACCCAUGGGCCCUCCUGGUCCCCCUGGUCCCAGAGGUCCUCAGGGUCCUAGUGGAGCUGACGGUCCACAAGGUCCUCCAGGCGGCGUGGGUCCCAUGGGAUCUGUGGGUGAGAAGGGUGAACAAGGUGAGGCUGGAAACCCAGGAACACCUGGAGAGUCUGGAACUGGGGGACCCAAAGGUGAAAGAGGAGAGAAAGGAGAGUCUGGCCCCCCUGGAGCAGCUGGACCCGCUGGCGCCAAAGGACCCCCUGGAGACGAUGGUCCAAAGGGCAACCCUGGUCCUGUUGGAUUCCCUGGAGAUCCUGGCCCUCCUGGAGAAGCUGGUGUUGCUGGCACUGAUGGUGAAUCGGGAGAGAAGGGAGAGGAUGGAGAGUCCGGUCAGGCGGGUCCUCCAGGUCCAUCAGGAGAAGCUGGCCCACCUGGACCACCAGGCAAGAGAGGACCACCGGGAGCUGGAGGUUCAGAGGGCAGGCAAGGAGAGAAGGGCGCUAAGGGCGAGUCUGGUUCAGAGGGUCCAGCAGGUAAAACAGGACCAGUCGGGCCCCAGGGACCUUCAGGAAAGCCCGGUCCAGAGGGUCUACGUGGAAUCCCCGGUCCUGUUGGUGAACAAGGACUACCCGGCUCCUCAGGACAAGAUGGCCCACCUGGUCCCAUGGGUCCUCCUGGUCUUCCUGGUCUCAAAGGUGACCCCGGAUCUAAGGGUGAAAAGGGUCACCCAGGUUUGAUCGGUUUGAUCGGACCCCCCGGAGAGCAAGGAGAGAAAGGAGACCGAGGUUUGCCCGGACCCCAAGGUUCUCAUGGUGGCAAGGGCGACGGUGGUAUCGGUGGAUCUGCCGGUCCUCUCGGCCCCCCAGGUCCCCCUGGUCUGCCUGGUCCUCAAGGUCCCAAGGGAUCCAAGGGUUCCUCCGGUCCUGCUGGUCAAAAAGGAGACACUGGUAUAGUUGGUGCUCCUGGUCCUCCUGGCCCACCUGGUGAGGUGAUUCAGCCGCUGCCCAUCCGGUCACCAAAGAAGUCAAAGCGCUCGAGUGACAUGCAGUCAGACGCAGCAGGCACCAUCAUGGACUACGGCGAGGGCAUGGAGGACAUCUUCGGCUCACUCAACAACCUCAAACAGGACAUUGAACGCAUGAAGUACCCCAUGGGCACGCAAAACAACCCCGCCAGAACGUGCAAAGAUCUGCAGCUGUGCCACCCAGAGUUCCCUGAUGGCGAAUACUGGAUUGAUCCAAACCAAGGCUGCUCGGGGGAUUCCUUCAAAGUCUACUGUAACUUCACUGCCGGGGGGGAAAGCUGCAUCUACCCAGAUAAGAAGUCCAAUGGAGUCAGAAUAUCUUCAUGGCCCAAAGAACUUCCUGGGUCGUGGUUCAGUGAAUUUAAGCGUGGAAAAAUACUUUCCUAUGUUGACGCUGACGGAAACUCAAUCAACAUGGUGCAGAUGACCUUCCUCAGACUACUGACGGCCUCGGCCAGGCAAAACUUCACCUACAGCUGCCACCAGUCUGUGGCGUGGCACGACGACACCAGCGGCAGCUACGACAAGGGGCUGCGCUUCCUGGGCGCCAACGACGAGGAGAUGUCCUACGACAACAACCCUUACAUCAAGGCCAUCUCAGACGGAUGCGCGACGAGGAAGGGCUACGGAAAGACUGUGAUGGAGAUUAAUACUCCCAAAAUCGAUCAGGUUCCGAUCGUCGAUGUCAUGUUUACUGACUUUGGGGACCCUAACCAGAAGUUUGGGUUUGAAGUUGGGCCCGUCUGCUUCCUUGGCUAAACAAAAAUGAAAAAAAGAGGGAAAAAAAGGACUUGAUGGGGUCAGCAAAGAAAGUCAAGUUGAGACGUUUCGGGUACCACCAAACCCCAUUUCUAGCCCCCCACCCUUUUCUA